AUGGCUGAGACGCUUGGCAAAUUACCACUGGCUCUCGCUGCAACAAAUGUUCUAGCGAUCGCUGCCGCUAGUUCCAAUGCUUCUCUUACAUUCUUCUUAAUCCCAAGGUUCUUGGAACUUCCUCCGCCUCUUAAUGUUCGCCGCUGGCACAGACCUAUGGUAACCAGCGGCCUGAGCUAUUUGAGCCUCGCCUACAGGCUGAGAUCGAAUUCCGAUGUUUUGGCCCUUCUUGUUACGGCGGGAUCGUUGUGUCUUAGUGUUGUGCCAUUCACAUAUGUUAUGGUCCUGCCUACUAUCGAAAAGCUUCGGGGGAAACUCAAGGUUUUUGAGAGUGCAUCCGACCUCAGCCAGGUGGAUGAGACAGGCGAGAAAGCUCAUUAUUUGAUUGGAUCCUGGGGAAAUUGGAAUAUGGGGCGUGCAAUUUCCGUGAUGGUUGCUGGGUUGAUCGGGAUGUAUGUGGCCGAACUGGUCUAA